GAAACGGGCUCAGGGAAGACCACUCAGAUCCCUCAGUACCUCUAUGAAGCAGGAAUUGGCCGCCAAGGCAUCAUUGCUGUUACCCAGCCUCGCAGAGUAGCAGCUAUCUCCUUAGCUACCAGAGUCUCGGAUGAGAAGAAGACAGAGCUGGGAAAACUGGUUGGCUAUACUGUACGCUUCGACGAUCUUACAUCUGAUGAAACUAGAAUCAAGUUUUUAACAGAUGGAAUGCUACUUCGCGAAGCUAUUGGGGACCCUAUGCUGCGGAAGUACAGUGUUGUCAUCCUGGAUGAAGCCCACGAGAGGACAAUCCAUACUGAUGUACUCUUUGGAGUGGUGAAAGCUGCACAAAAGAAACGAAAGGAACUGGGCAAACAGCCACUAAAAGUGAUCAUCAUGUCAGCCACGAUGGAUGUUGACCAGUUCUCCCAGUACUUCAGUGGAGCUCCUGUUCUCUAUUUAGAGGGCCGGCAACAUCCCAUUCAGAUCUUUUACACCAAACAGCCUCAGAGUGAUUACCUCCAAGCAGCACUGGUGUCAGUCUUCCAAAUCCACCAGGAAGCACCCUCUUCUCAGGACAUCUUGGUGUUUCUGACUGGUCAGGAAGAAAUUGAAGCAAUGACCAAAACCUGUCGAGACAUUGCCAAGCACCUCCCUGAUGGCUGCCCACAGAUGGUGGUGAUGCCUCUUUAUGCUUCUCUGCCCUACUCUCAACAACUCCGCGUCUUUCAGGCUGCCCCCAAGGGCUGUCGCAAAGUGAUACUCUCCACCAACAUCGCGGAAACCUCCAUUACCAUUGCAGGAAUAAAAUAUGUUGUGGACACAGGCAUGGUCAAAGCAAAGAAAUACAGCCCUGAAAUUGGUCUGGAAGUGUUGGCGGUCCAGCGGGUGUCAAAGGCCCAGGCUUGGCAACGAACAGGGAGAGCAGGGCGAGAGGACAGUGGGAUCUGUUACCGGCUCUACACAGAGGAUGAGUUUGAGAAGUUUGACAAAAUGACAAUACCCGAGAUACAGAGGUGUAAUCUGGCCAGUGUGAUGCUUCAGCUCCUGGCCCUGAGAAUUCCCAAUGUGCUCACCUUUGACUUCAUGUCCAAACCGUCUCCUGAGGCUGUUCAAGCAGCGAUUGAACAGCUGGACCUGCUGGGAGCUGUGGAACGAAAGGAAGAUCAGCUUGUCCUAACCCCCCUGGGGAGGAAGAUGGCAGCCUUUCCACUAGAACCAAAGUUCUCUAAAACCAUCCUCCUGUCCCCCAAGUUCCACUGUACAGAAGAGAUCCUGACCAUCGUGUCGCUGUUAUCAGUGGACAGUGUCCUCUACAAUCCUCCGGCCCGGCGGGAUGAAGUGCAAUCUGUCAGGAAGAAAUUCAUCUCCAGUGAGGGGGAUCAUCUUACGCUACUUAGUGUGUACAGGGCCUUCAAAAAUGUCAGUGGCAACAAGGAAUGGUGCAAAGAGAACUUCGUCAACAGCAGGAACAUGAUGCUUGUGUCAGAUGUCAGAGCUCAGCUCAGGGACAUUUGCGUAAAGCUAUCGAUGCCAAUCGAGUCCUCCCGCUCAGACACUGGAAACAUCCGCCGCUGCCUGGCUCACAGCCUCUUCAUGAAUGCGGCGGAGCUGCAGCCGGACGGCACCUACAGCACCGUGGACUCUCACCAGUUGGUGGCCAUCCACCCCUCCUCCGUGCUCUUCCACUGCAAGCCAGCCUGCGUGGUUUACAACGGGCUGCUUCACACCAACAAGUGCUACAUGCGGGACCUGUGCGUGGUGGAUGCGGACUGGCUCUACGACGCAGCGCCUGACUAUUUCCGCAGGAAGCUCCGAACGGCCAAGAACUGACCUGUGGGUCUGGGACCAACAGGUCCAGGGUUUUUAGGCUCACCCUAAAAGACUAUUUUUUGUUUUGUAGUGAGUGUACGGGAGCAGUAGAGCUUUGUCUUGCAAAUCAGGUAAAAAACUUAGAGGAAAAUGGCCUCUCCAUGAGAGC